AGCUACUGAGCUCUUCGUAUGUGAAAAAGUAGCAAAGCAGAUCUUUGACUAUUCGGAUGAUAGAAGAGACUGACAGAAGUCGUGGUAGAAUGAAAACUAAAGCUGUUGUGCUUUUUGCUUGUGUCAUCUUCAUGGUUUUUCUUAUUGUUGAAAUCGGGUGUGCUCCAAAGGGUAAAACCAUAGUGAGAAAUUGGGGCCCACAAUCAAUUCUAUAUCUCAAAGGACGCUAUGGCAGGAGAUACACCUCUGAAAAGGAUGAACAGUAUUACAAGCUUAACCUGGAGGACUUCAGCGCAUUUUUAAAAAGCUGUGUUCAACACCGCUGAACAUCCUGAAAAUCAGAAGAUUUAAAGCCCAAAGCAUGGGCUUUAUUUGAACCAAAACAAAGCUUUCCUUUAUUUACUACAAACAUCUCAUUCUGAGAAACAAUAAUAAAUACUUUAACUGAAUGUUAAUACUGCAAAUGUCACAGUGUAAGUCUCUUUAAGG